AUGCUCGGCCCCAACGGUGCCGCGACGGACGAGAAUGGCAAUUCCGAGGGUUUCAGAGAUGAUCUCAACAUGGUCGUCAUGUGCCCCGACUGCAAGGAGUACCCUCCUCACUUGGUAGAGGAGUUCUCCUCGGGCGACAUGGUCUGCGGCUCCUGCGGCCUCGUCGUCGGUGAGCGCAUCAUCGACACCCGUUCCGAAUGGCGUACGUUCGCCAACGACGACCAGGGCAACGACGACCCCUCCCGUGUCGGUGACGCAGUCAACCCCCUGCUCAACGGCUCUCAGCUCGAGACAACCAUCGCCUUCGGCGACGGCAGAGACUCGAAGCAGCUGGCCCGUCUCCAGAACAAGUCUCAGAACGACAAGGCCAGCAAGUCGCUCAUGCAGGCCUACAAGGAGAUUGGCGCCUUUUGCGAUAGUAUCAACCUCGGCAAGAACGUCUCCGACGCCGCCAAACACAUCUUCAAGCUCACGUACGACCACAACUUUAUGAAGGGCAAGCCUCAGGAGGCUGUCAUUGCAGGAUGCAUCUUCAUCGCCUGUCGUCAGACGGGUGUCGGCCGUACCUUUCGCGAGAUUUUCCAGGUCACUCACGUGUCCAAGAAGGAAAUCGGCAGGGUCUUCAAGCAGCUCGAGUCGUUCCUGCAGAAGAUCAAGGAGGAGAACCCUCGUGGCGCAGGCUCUCUGUCCAACCUGGACGGCUACAAGGCCAGCGCCUCCACCAGCGCCGAGGACCUCUGCACUCGCUUCUGCUCGAACCUCAACUUCCGCAAUGCGCAAAAGAUUGAAAACGUCUCGCGGGCGCUCGCACGCAAGACGUCGAGCGUCUCGGAGCUGGCCGGUCGCUCGCCGCUGUCCGUCGCCGCCGCGUGUAUCUACAUGGCGUCUCAUCUCAUGAAGGAGGUGAGAACAUCCAAGGAGAUCGCCUCGGUGGCCGGUGUCAGCGAUGGCACCAUCAAGACGGCCUAUCGGUUCUUGUAUCAAGCCCGUGACAGGCUGAUCGAGAAGGAGUGGGGUGCUGACAAGAAGGCAAUCGACGGCCUUCCGGUUAACUAG